AUGAUUAAUUUCCAAUCUUACCUUUCGAUCAAAUCACAUUCGAACCAUUUAUCAUCAAAACCAUUUAGAAAGUUACAUUCAUUGAGAAUAUCAACUUAUAAUUUAAUACUUCAACCUUUUCAUACUACCACUAAUCAACCACAACAACAACAAGCCAAGCCAAAACCAUUUCACAAACACAGAUAUUCAUCUCCAGAACGACGAAUCAAGGAACCAUUCUUAUCCAUCUUGUUACCAAUCAAAGCAUCCAAUCAAUCCACAACAAAGAGAAACUAUCAAAACACUUUGAAACCAAACUCCAUGAAUCCUAUCCGAACUCAUCAUCCAAAUCAACCAAAUCAAAUCAUACCAAACCCAUCAAAUUCAAUUCAUCCGAUCACUCAAGUUUUGAACAAAUACCAAACUUCUUCUAGAAUCUCUACAACUUCUCAACUUCUUUCUGAAGCACUUCAGUCUGUUUUGAAUCAAUCUGAUCAUUCCUCAAAUCUAGAAUCAUCUCAUCAUACCUCCUCCGAUCAAGAUUGGUGUUUGAUCUAUUUGAAAUACUUACAAUCAUCUAAGAAUCCACUCGAAUUUUCUAAAAGAUUAGGAGAUUUGAUCAUCAAUCGAUUACCUAGAUACAGAUCCGAUCAAAUCAUUCAAUUACAUUCAAAACAUACCAGUCUAAGACACUUGGUUUCCACAGAUUCAUAUAACCAAUUAAUCAAAUUCUAUUAUUUAUCAAAUCGAUAUGAUCAAGUAAGAUUAAUCUUAAAAGAAUUGAAAGAAAGAGGAUUGAAUUUGAAUUUACAAAGUUUUGAAUUAAUCUUAUACUCUUACCAAGCUUUAAAUAAAUCAAAAGGGGUCAAACUGACCAUUGAAAAGAUUCAAAGCCUUGGACUUUCGAUCAGUUUAGACACAUGGGUUACACUCUUUUCAAUUAAACCUAGGCAAUCUUCUAGAACUCGACAUUUAGAUUCCAUGGAAGAUAAUUCACCAUCGAUCUCAAGUCUUGAUCAGUUUCUAAACGGUUGGAAAUGGGAUCCUUCCGAACUUCAUUCGAAUGGUAAAGCCAUCAUCACUUUAAGCAAGAAAUUAAUGCAAGAUGGGAAAUGGAAUGAAGCCUUUAGAUUUAUUGAUACAGCUCUUGUUUUGAAUUAUCUUCAUCAUGAUCCUACUAACCCUACUAAGAAAAGCUUGACAUCUUUUUGGGCUCGUGAGUUUCUUCAUACACUUCUUUACGGAUUAUACAAUUUAAAGCAAGAAAACCAAAGGUUAAUUCGAACCAAACCAAACCGAUCAUCGAACAUCAACCGAGAUCCGAUUCGAUCAAACUUUCAAACUCCUUUACCUUUCAAUCAAUCAAUCUUUAAAUUCGUUGAAGACUUUAUUGAUAAACAUCGAGAUGGUUAUCCGAUCCAAGUGAACUCGUCAAUCCUUUUGAAUUGUCUAAGGAUCGAAACCUGUCAUUCACCAUCCAAACUAAAAUCAAUUAUCCAAAAGUGGAAUAAACAGUACGGACUAGAAACCCAAAACCUAGGCAGUAGAUCGUCUAUAAGGUUCUUACAUAUCGUUUCCACUUGGUUUACAAAAUCGAUUCCAACUGAAUCAAGGGAAGACUUGAUGAAAGAGUAUUCGGUCUUGAAAGAGUUUUGGGAUACAGAUUUGAAAGAAAUGAUGAAGAGAGGACCGAUAGAUGGGAAGAUCAAAAGAGGUUUGUUUGUUUUUUGGACCAGUCAAAGAAUCCAAUCAAUUCGUAUCAGUUUAAAUAGAAUCAAAAAAAUCAAAAGGAAAUUGGAUAUUCUAUCUGAUGAAGAUGAAUUAAAGUUAGAUUUAAACUUCUUAGAUGAGCUUGUUGAUGAUGUUAAGAAGUUAAAGAGUGGGAAGGAGUCAAGGCAACAGACAGAGAUUCAGGAUCAAGUGUUGUAUAAAUGGUGGUCUGAAAAACCUAAUUUGAAAGAAAUUAAAGUUAAAGUUUAA